GCUGGCUAAUGAGAGCACUCUCUCUGGGCAGAGGAAGCCAGGAAGUGGCCCGGUCAGGGAGCUGGGUUCCAAAGGAGCAGGGAUGCAGAACAGAACCAGUCUGCUCUGUGCCUUUGCCCUCCUGGUGGGCUUUCUGAUGAUCUGCCUGGGGGCCUUCUUCAUUUCCUCAGGCUCUGCAUUCAACUGUCAGGGGAAACUGAUCCUGGCCUAUCUGCUUCUGCCUCUGGGGUUUGUGAUCCUUCUGAGUGGAAUUUUCUGGAGCACCUACCGCCAAGCCAGUGAAAACAAAGGGGUGUUUAGCCGUGUGCUCAGACAGCACCUUGCUCAGGGGGCCCUGCCCCUGGCCACAGUGGACAGGCCAGAUUUUUACCCUCCUGCUUAUGAAGAGUGUCUUGAGGCUGGAAAGCAAGCCUGCUGGGCAGAGGAAGAGGCCUCGGGUGUUCCUCCACCUCCGUAUACAGAGAUGGGCCUUAAAUCUGAGAAUGAAGAUGACGCCCACCCGGAGGCCCCACCAUCUUACGAGUCCAUAGCAGGUGGGGUGGCGGCAGCAACCCCACCGCAGGAUGCAGAGGGACAGAGCUGAGAGUGCUGGGGCCGGGGAAGCUCUCCAGCACUCAUGACACACCCUCAUGGGAUGCAGCUGCUAAUAACAAACACACACAGGGACUGUGGGAGGAAAAGUCACAUCAGUGACCCCACCCGAGAGCUCGCAGAGGGGAUGCUGUGGGAGACAGCAGUGCAAUUCCACACACGUGCUUGGCCUGCAAGGGCAGAGUGGGGCCCUGGAAGGGUGUGGUCAGCACCACGCAGUUAUUUCAAAGGAUUCGAACUAACCCUGACCCAGGUGAGCUUUUUGACUGCAAAACUGAUGUGAGAGCCCUGCUUCACAGAGAGCCUUUCUGCUCUCCCUCAACUUCUAGCCCAUCACCUCGGUCCCCAGCAGAGAGGAAGAGAGGCCCCUGGUAGGGACACCGGGUGCUUUCAUGUACCGCAUUAUCUAAUAAUCACGAAGGGAGAGUAUCCUGGAGGUGAAGGGCCAUUACUGUUUAAAUUCUAGGUUUUGCUGGGUGGUUUCAUAGUUAUCCUCAUUUACUGUAUUACCCGAGUGACACAGAAAUUCACAUUGUAAGAGAUUCGUCCCUGGAACCUAUGACUGUUAUUUUGUAUGAAUUUAUUUUAAUUAUGUGUAUUUUAUUUCUAUGUGAAAGGAAAGCGACUUCAAUAUUUGCUUUCCAAAUGGCUCAAAGGCAAAAUUUUAAAUGAGUAUUUUAAGAACAGGAUGGUUGGACAAGCAGAUAUCACAAGAUUUCUUAGAAACCCAAGUUGAAUAGAUAGAAUACUUAAAAAUUCGUAAUACACAGGAUUCAGGAAAAAGAAUUUGUACUCGCCAUUAAUUUGCCUUAAUACAGAAUUUGACACAAAUCUUGAAAAGUUUUAAAAUACACAUGAAUCUAUUUUAAUAAAUCAUCCGGUAAAUCUCUAGGAUUUGAAAGAAAGGAAACCAUAUUGUAGUACUUUGAUCAUUAAUAGAAAACUCUUUGUGUUUCAAGAUAUAGAGCCAGGCAUUUUUAGACUCAGGACGUUUAUUUUCAAGCCCAAUUAUUCCUAUUCAGCGUUAUUAUAUUUUAUUAUGGGUUUUAACACAAGAGGACAAAUUGGGUGGCGGAGUGGUGGAGGGAGAGGCAGCCUGAUGCUUUAGAGCUUGAGAAAGAAACUUCAUCUCUUUGGGCCUCAAUUUCCCCCCUAUCAAGUGAGGAAUGUAUACUGGGAUUAACAUCUAGCAGUUAGGGAAUGCCUUUUAUAUGGCAGGCUCUGUGCUAUGAACUUGUUAGGCUUUUUUUUUUUAGCCCUCACUAUAUCCUUCAGAGAUCAGUGCUAUGGUUAUUCCCAUUUUACAGAUGCAUAAAUCGAGGCUUUGAGAAGUUAAGAAACCUUUCCAACAGCACAGAGUUAUUUCCAGGAAGAUGAGGAAGGGUCCAGAGAGGGGCAUGGGAAGACAUACAUACUUCACACUUUUGUGCUCAGAUGGGUUAAUUUAACCCUGUUUUACUUCCCUCCUCCCAGGGAGCAGUUUGGAUUUCUCUCCCCUACAGGAAGUGGGCCCUCACAGGGAGUGGAGCCCCAGGGUUGCUGCAUGAUCUUAAAGCCCUUGGAGAGGCAGCAAAGCUUGCCUCAGGGCUAACAGCCUGGCUCCUUUUAAAAUGUAAAUAAGCCCUAGGAGCUUGGCCCUCACCUCAUGGUAUAGUUUCCUUUCAUACUGAUGAUGAAAGAUGGUUCCUAGUGAUAACAGACAGCCUUGGAAGGGCACAGGAGGGCUUUGGACAAUGGUGGGAAGGAUGAAGGGCUUUCAAGAAGGAUAAGGGUGGCAGAGAUGGGGUGGGGCCUCUGCGGCCUCCUCUUCCCUCUUGUUGCUGAGUGCUCAGAUAAAGCUUGUCCUGACAAAUACACAGGAAGCCAUAAAAGGAAAUCCCAGUUCCUUUACACAAAGCAUGACUUUAGGCAUCCAUGAUUUGAAUCCUUGACAUCAAGAGCAUAACUCGAUAUGAAGGUCACUCAUGGUUGUCCAACAGGAAGGCAAUCAUUUAUCAGCAAGGCAAUGUAUUAUUUCUCUCUUGCCAUCUCUUUCCAUUCCUCUACCGCGAUCGUUAGCCUGAAAUUUUCCUCGGGGUCUGAGCACAUUCACUGACCUCAACAAGCUCUAUCACUGGGCAUUCGUCCAGAGUUUGAACUUGGAAUGGAUGGUCUUUCCAACUACUGGUAGUCAUGUGAAACCAAUGUAAUUUUGGUUUACAUAAGAAAAUUGUUUUAAUCUCUUUACUGCAAUAAAUUUUGUACUUAAACUUUC